GCUACGCAUGUCUAAAUUCGUACUGACAGCGUCAUUCGUCAGAAAACCACCGUAAGAAAAUGAUAUUCAAAGCAACUCCUGAGUUCGCAAUUGCGUUUACUAAAUUUUCAACACUAGUAGGGACUUGUUGGCCGAACUAUAAAAAUGCACCUAAGUGGAAAUUUGUACUUUUUCAAAUAAGAUGGUGGGCUACAUUUUGCCUAUCUGUAUCUGCAUUUUUACCAAUGUGCUAUGCUGCUUACAAUCAUUGGCGAAAUAUAUUGAGUUUUACAAAAUCACUUUUUGACGCUGCCAAUACCAGUCAAACUUUUAUCAAAAUGAUAUUGAGCAAAAUACAUUACAAGAGGUUGCAGUAUCUGUUGUAUGAAAUGGAGAAUUACGUGACCAAUGCCAGAGAAGAUGAGCGUGAAUUGUUUAUCGUUUAUAUAAAACGUUGUGGGAAAUUACAUUUGUUUGUGAUGAUAUUCGGGUUCAUAGCUAUUCUUAUAAUAAUAGUCUCACCGAUCGGACUACCACAGCCGUUUCCAAAUAUCGCUGACUACCCAUUUCCCGUUGACGAAAGUCCUGCAUUUGAGCUCGUUUAUGCCCACCAGAGUGCUGCGACACUUCAUUGCCUCUCAAUUCCAGUAUUUGAUAUGCAAAUCGCUUUACUUCUGUGGUAUUCUGGCGCCCGUCUUGAACUUUUGGCUCGAGAAUUCAAAACUGUAACGGAUAAUGACCAUUUUGUUGAGUGUGUCAAGAAACACCAGUACUUGUUAUGGUAUAUUCAGGAAAUAAUAAUCAGUAGCCGUUAUGUUCUUGCGACUACGUCUGUUACGUGUGUAAUUGCAGUUAUUACUAGCGGAGUUCAUAUCGCUGGGAAUGAACCUGUUGGCUUCAAAAUACCAUUUGUCGGUGCCUCUUCGAUAAUAGCCAUAAUUCUGUACAUUUCUGCAUGGCCAUCAGAACAUCUGAUCCAUAUGUGUGAAGGCGUUGGAACGGCGCUGUACGAGUCAGCAUGGAUUCAAAAUUCAAAGGCAUUGAAUAGCAGCAUGUUAAUUGUAAUGCAUAGAUCACAAAAACCGUCGACUAUUGAAGUUAUUGGAGUAAUGCCGAUACUUUCAUUGCCUUACUACGCAACGUUUUUAUCGAAAACUUUCUCCUACUUUACAACUCUGCGUGUUUUAUUAUCCAAAAUUCCUUUCUUGAAUUCUACCCCUAAUAAAAUAUGUACCGAGAUAUUAUUCAUAGACUUCGGCUACAAAGUAAAUCGAGUUUCCGGGGGUUGCGAAUUUCUGAAUCAAAACUACCGGCAUCAUUCGGUAACGAACCACCAGAGCAAGAUGUUCGAAGCAACACCUGAGUUUGCAAUAGCGUUUACUAAAUUCACAUCAAUAUUAGGUAGCUCUUGGCCGUUAUAUAAAAAUGCCACCAAGUUACAAAUACUUAUUUUUAAUAUAAAAUGGUGGUUUUUCUUUAUUAUGUCUGUGUUGGCAUUUCUUCCCAUGUUUUAUGCGGCGUACAAAAAUUCACGAAAUAUAUUAAGUUUCACAAGAUCACUAUUCGGUGGCGUUAAUUGCAGUCAAGUUUGUAUUAAAAUGUUAUUGUGCAAAAUACAUUGUCAAAAAUAUCAGUACUUGUUUAGUGAAAUAGAAGACAAUGUUAAGAAUGCAACCGCUAGAGAACGAGAAAUAUUUACAACUUAUAUACAAAGAUGUUGUAAAUUACAUUUGGUAUUGAUAAGUAAUGCUGUUAUGGCAGCAUUUAUUGUUAUUGUUGCACCUAUCAAAAUACCCCAGCCGUUUCCAGCCAUAACCGAGUAUCCUUUUCCAGUGGACGGACACCCAACUUUUGAACUUAUUUAUUUACAGCAGAGUAUUGCGACAUUUCACUGUAUAUCUAUUUCCGUUUUUGAUUGUCAAAUUGCUUUGCUGCUGUGGUACGCUGGAGCUAAACUCGAACUUUUGGGCGACGAAUUUAAAAAUGUUACUAAUAAUCGACAAUUCAAAGCUUGUGUCCAAAAACAUCAGUAUUUACUAGGAUUUAUUGACCAAAUUAUUAUUAGCAGUCGUUAUAUUCUUGUAACUACUGUUGUCACGUGCACAAUAGCUGUCAUUACAAGUGGAAUUCAUCUUGUUGCAAACGACCUUAUGGUUGACAAAAUGUCAUUUGUAAUUUUAUCAAUUGGUUUUUCAAUGGUACUCUAUGCCUCCGCAUGGCCAUCAGAGCAUCUGACAAAAAUGUGUACGAAUAUUGGCUCAUCAUUAUAUCAAUCGUCAUGGAUCAAAAAUUCAAAUGAACUGAACAAGGGUAUGUUGAUAGUGAUCCAUAGAUCACAGAAACCACCGACUAUUCAAGUCACUGGCAUACUUCCGGCUCUUUCAUUACAAUACUACGCGACGUUUCUAUCGAAAACUUUCUCCUACUUUACGACUCUGCGUGUGCUGUUAGACAAAAUGGAGAUAGAUCAAGAGUGAAAAAAUAGAAUAGAG